AUGGCGACGGUGAACCCCGAGAUGAUCGAUACGCCCCAAGCCAUCGUCAAAUUGAUAGACAAGUUGAUGUCCACCCACGAAGCCCGAGAUGAUGCGCUUGACAGGCCCGUCAUUCAUAUCUCUCUCGAAGGCGUGAACCUUGGUCGCACAGGCACAAUCUCCAUCAUAACUCUCUUAAUCCACGACCCCCCUUCAUCGCAGCACACUUACCUCAUUGACGUGCAGAGGCUCGGCACACAGACUUUCAGUACUUCAGGCGCAAACGGAAAGACGCUGAAGCAUAUACUGCAAGAUGAAAAGAUCCCCAAAGUCUUCUUCGACGUGCGCAUUGACUCCGCCGCGCUGUUCGCACUCUACGGCAUCGCCCUCGAAGGGGUGCAGGAUGUACAACUUAUGGAGAGUGCGGCUAGGGAGACUACGGAAUCGAGAGAGUAUCUCACCGGACUGGCCCACUACAUGGCUCAAAGCAGAGGUAUUGGCUCUUUUCAUCAGUACACGAUUUGGUCGAGGAACCAAGAGGCGGGCGAGCAGUUGUUCAGACCUGAGCUCGGCGGAUCGUAUGACGUCUUCAACAAACGGCCCCUGCCCGAUGACAUCGUUAAGUACUGUGUGGGCAGGGUCAAAUGUCUUCCGGAGUUGCGCAACAAGCUUUGGGGUGGGCGGAGGCAGGACUGGCGUGAUAUGGUGCAAGAUGAAACGGAGAGACGAGUCGCGUAUACUCAUGGUGCCGAUUAUCAGCCUGGUGGGACAGAUUGGGUGUUGGCGCCGUGGACCGACGAUCAGAACAUGGUGCUUGACAUGUUUAACCUCCCAAGUGAUUCUGAAGAUGACUUCUUCGACUGUCUGGAGGACGAUGAGGUUGAGGACGACGUGGAGAGAGGACGACGUAGAGAGAGGACGACGUGGAGAGAGGACGACGUAGAGAGAGGACGACGUAGAGUGAGGAUGAAGGCCCUCCUGCACAGGCGUACCGAAGUGGUGAGCACACAAGCUAUGUCAGCAGAAACCAUCAUGGUCUAA